AUUUUCCAAGGCAACCAGAGCUCCCUUGGAGGGUCAUUUCCGUCAUUCAGAUCCACCCCCAGGACUACAGAGCACAGAGUACAGAAGCCAAGAAAUAGAUCUCAUCUCAUGAGGACACCUUUGUAAUAUACCAUAAAUCUGAAUGGCUUUUUAGGUAGUAAAGUUUGUAUAUAAACCCCUAUGGUCCAUUUAUUCGAUCCACACUUGGAUGUUAAAUCAAUUCGCUUGCUUAGCUGACAAAAUUGACCGCCUGCAGCUUCUCUCAACUUUGCAACCACAAACAAGAUGGCGAUGGCCUUCAAAAUGGCUACAACAGGGAUGUGGGUAACGGAGGAAUGCAAGAACUCGUUCAUGGAGAUGAAGUGGAAGAAGGUGCACAGAUUCAUAGUGUUCAAGAUCGAUGAAGGUUCUAGGUUGGUGACGGUGGACAAGGUGGGUGGACCUGGUGAAGGCUACGAACAACUUGCUGCCUCCCUGCCCAAAGACGACUGCCGUUAUGCAGUCUUUGAUUUCGACUUUGUCACCGUCGACAAUUGCCGGAAGAGCAAGAUUUUCUUCAUCGCAUGGUCUCCGGAGGAAUCAAGAAUUAGAGCAAAAAUGCUGUACGCAACUUCAAAAGAUGGACUGAGGAGAGUGCUGGAUGGGAUCCACUACGAAGUUCAGGCAACGGAUCCGACCGAGAUGGGGAUGGACGUCAUUCAGGAUAGAGUCAAAUGAAUCAUUAAAGAUGAACAACUGAAUAAUUAAAGACGUGUCAAAGUCAUGUGUUUUGGCAUCUUACUUUACCUAAUGACUCCAUCCGCCGACCUGAGAGGCCUUUUGUCUGUUCUUUUUCCAAGUGGAUCUGGUGAUAAUUGUAACCUUACUCCUAGCGCUAAUCUUGUACUAAUUAAUAACAUUAUCCGGUGAUAAUUUGCUUUUUCAGACGCCA